UUAGCCACUAGCGAUUUCUCUUUCGAUGCCUUCUCCCGUCGCCUCGGAAGACUACACCUCGGAACGCUAAGACAAAAUGUUCUUGCAUUCAAUAUGGCUACUACCAGGCCUGCAUAUGUUUUUACCUCAUGUUUCUGUCUUGUUCAAUCGCUCUUGUUCAUGCUAUUCUUGAUCUGGAAUGUCUCUACAUCACCUACAAUACCAUCGUCACCGUCGCCGUCGUCGCCAGCAUCCUUGUCGCCGCUGUUGUCAACGUCGUCGCCGCCGUCGUCGCUACCGUCCAUGUCAUCUUCAUCAUCACCAUUAUCAUCGGCAGCAUCACCUCCGUCGCCAUCAUCAUCAGCAGCAGCAGCAGGAGCAGCAGCAGUAACAACGGUACCAUCAACAUCGUUUAAUUUACCAGCGUCAUCCCCUUACCAACAUUUUCAAUUACCGGCUUUCCCACCGUCAUCAACAUCACCGCCGUUAUCUUCCUCCUUUUCUUCGUCACCAUCCUUGUUAUCGGUGUCGCCGUCAUCACGGUCACUCUCUUCUCGAGUAUUGUCUCAUACGCCACCAGCGUUGGCCACCAUGCAGCUGUUAUCCAGUAAGCAGCCGAGUUUGGUGCCAGGCUUCAAUAAUUCAGCCGUAUCUGCUUCGAUUCACUUGGACAAGUUUUCGGUGGCAUCUGAAAACGUUAGCAUUAUCGCUACCGUCACCACCACCAACACCACCACCACCACCAACAACAACAACAACGACAUAAAUAACAAUGAAACGAAUCGAAUUAUUAUAGACAAUGGGUCACAGCGCAACUACUAUCACCAGAACCAGCAGCGGCAGAAACAACAACAACAACAACAACAACGACAGCAGCAACAACAACAACAACAACAACAACAACAAAACCAACAAAGACAGAAAAAAUCAGAAAAUCAGCAACGCUGGCGGAUACGAGAAGAUAAAAAAGAAGAAAAACAUCAUCAACAUGAACAAAAGCAGAAACCACAAACACAACAACAACACCAACCACAACUUCUGAUUCUACUUCAAAAAGAAGAAAGACGAACACUUCGGCGAUUACAAAAACAACAACAGCAACAUCAAAACCAGCAUUAUCACCAACACCAGAAGCAGCAACAGCUGCGACAUCAACAACAACAACACCGGCAACAAAAUCUACAGCUGCAUGGUUUGAAUUCGACGCAGCAAGCACAGCAAAAGUAUGGAAAUCUCUACAAACAACAACGAGGGCGGAAUAGCUCGUUGGCUUAUCUUAAUCAAUUCUACCGCUGGUCCCAAGGGAUCCCUACUAAACAACGGGACCAACAGAUACACAAUGGAUAUUCGGAUUAUAACGGGUUAACAAAUUCCUCUUCACUUUCCAAUCUAACAAGCUCCGAGCAUGUUCGUGCGGUAAACAACACUCGGUCACUUUUAUCAUCUUUGUAUAUUAAUAAUAUAGUUGGUAACAUUACCCACACUAACAAAACAGACGUUACUAUGCACGCGUUGACAAACACAUCCUCGCCUUCACCUUCACCUUCACCGUCACUGACACCAACACCUACACCACCACCGCUAUCGCUAUCAUCAUCAUCAUCAUCAUCAUCAUCAUCAUCAUCAUCAUCAUCAUCAUCGCCGUCACAUCCAUCAUUAUCGUUUGAUCGAUUAUCAACUUCUCCACUAACAUCAAUAGCACAAUCAACGAAAACAUUAAUUACAUCAUCACAUCCAUCACUUAUAUCAUCAACAUCAACAUCGUCAUCAUCAUUGUUGCCGUCAUCCUCCUCAUCUUCCUCAUCCUCAUCAUCAUCAUUGUCAUCUUCCAUACCACUACCAUCACGCACGAAAAAUUACUUAUCAACAUUAUUGUUAUCGUCAUCGAAUUUGUCGUCUAUAUUCUCCUCAUUAAAUGUAAAAGUGAAUCCGUUAAAGGAAUUGUUUAGGGUUGAGAAAAGUGAAAAGCAUGCAAAAAACAAUUGGGACUUUGAGGACAAAAGGGGAAAUAUUGGUGGGAACGAAACAGAUAUAUCAUUAAAAGACAAGACUGAGACCGAAACACGGCAGCAUCGCGAUGCUGUGUUUACCGGUUAUAACCGUGAUACUGUAAAAUUAAACAAAACAUUGAAGCCUCACAACCACACACACAAACGUCUACAUGACAACAACAAUAACAAAAACAACACUUUUAACAAAAACAACAAAUCACUUCCAGAAAUGGAUACCUACACGAACACGCGUCCUGCCAUUUCAAAGGAAACAUUUGUUUCUGGACACUUACUUUCAGUGCCAACGUUGAAGGCGGAUCAUGUCGCAGGUAAAGACAAACCAUUACGGAUUAUUACUGACAUUACUAACCGCGACUUAUCUGUAACUGGCACAGCGGAAACACACACUCCGUUAAAGAAAAGUGACAUACAAAUGACACAAAACUCUAUGAAAGGCAGAGACACGACUGUUUUACAAGUAAAAUUACACAGUUCUAAAAAUAUUUCAAAGAAUUUUUCUGCCGACACGGACACCGUUAAUCGGGACAAAGAAAGCAAUCGGAACGCUAUCUCUGACCGCGGUGACUACGAUAUUCAUGAAAAACUAUCGACUGCUACUGUGGAGAAAAACAUCUCCUCACCGAUGGAUUUAGCACGGAUUAAGCAGAGCGGAAGAAAACACCUGAUUGAUAUUCUACAGGUCAGUUCUAAAAGACAAUUGACAAGUGAAACUAUGUCAAACUUAAAGUCCUUUGCUGGAUUACCCAGGCCCUUUGACAACGUUGAUUCGCUGAUCAACAAUUCAGUAUCUGUUGUUCAAAAUAAUGUUUCCUUUUCUCUUCCUUCUCCUCUCAAUUCUUCUUCUUCUUCUUCUUCUUCUUCUUCUUCUUCUUCUUCUUCUUCUUCUUCUUCUUCUUCUUCUUCUUCUUCUUCUUCUUCUUCUUCUUCUUCUUCUUCUUCCUCACAGAUGCAUCGGACAAAACACUUUGAUCUACACCCUACCUCUCCCACACACACUUUCAUUGCACGUAUGACAUCGCACUCAACGCAGGCCCCGUCGUUGCCCGCGUUACCACCGUCGCGAUCAUCGGCAAAGUCGACACCUGAAAAUGUGCCGACAGCCACGACGACGUCGUCGGUACUGUCAACAACGUCGCCGUUUGUUCUACCUUCGAAAGAAGGGCGUAAAAUAAAGGUCUUGCCCGAUCAGCAUCUGACAAUAAAUGUCGACGAUGUAAAUAAUGCCCUAAAAAGUCUUCCAAGUAAGAAAACGAAUUUAAAUAAAGUUAGGGAUAAAUUUUACAUUUAUUUCAGGCACUAUAAUAAGAGUAUGAAAAGCUUUAAUUAUAUUAAUAGUAGUAGUAGUAGUAGUAGUAGUAGUAGUAGUAGUAGUAGUAGUAGUAGUAGUAGUAAUAUUAGUAGUAAACAGAGAAACAGUACCACAAACAACUUUGUUAACAAUAACAAUGACACUAUCUUCCUUCCAUCCAAGCAACAACACCCUAACAACAUAAAGAAUAACCAUGACGACAAUAGCAACAACAAAAACAACAGUAACCAUAACACUAUCAGUGGUGCCCGAACACAAGGUAAGCUCCUUGAUCGCAAACAUAUCAUGAACCCCACAAAUACACUUGACGCUGUCACGGUUUCAAGUUCCGUACCAGCGGCAAAUGACAAACUGACAUCACCUACAACUUUCUCCCCCUCGUUCUCUUCUAGUUCUUCUCCUCCAUCUACUUUCCCUUCAUUAUCUGAAUUAGUGACAAACCGUGACCCAAUAUCCUCGGUUACGGACCCUAAUGGGAAUCUGCAAGACAACCACACACAAACACAAAACCAUCCACAACAACAACAACAGCAACAACAAACACAACAAUCACAGAAACAGAGACGACCGCCGUCACCAUCAACGCCACCUUCACAACAUCAGACACAGAUAAGUGGCGGGCAACAAGAAGCCAAAUCUUCAGUAAAUGACAAUUUAAACGGCCGGGAUUCCAGUAAUAAUGGCUUUGAUCGGAAAAAUGAGGACAGUACAGACGGGAUGGCGAAAAUCCGUCACAAACGAAGCUUUUUGGACUAUUACUACGAACAGUGGGAGAAACUACAAGAAAAUACAGAUUUUAUAGAUGAAUCAGUUGCUAUAAUACCUUCAAACUAUGACAGCGAUUUAUCGUCAGACGAUCUGGCGAAAACAGUCGAACAAACUAAUACUCCGGACUCCUUCCAAGGGAACCAAGCUGCUUAUGGCAGCGGAGCUGAUAUGUCUUUCUCCAAUUUGGUGCCAUGCUCCAGUAAAGAGCGAUUGUUUUGUCUUAAUGGGGGUACCUGUUACAUUAUGGUGAUGAUGGAACGAAAAACAUGCAAUUGCCCGGCUGGUUAUAUCGGUGAACGAUGUGAAAUGAUUGACCAUGAAUACUAAAUAUAUAUCUGUGAGACUCAUUCAGUUGCCAGUGUUCCAGAAGAAAUUAAUCGCAUGUCACGGAACAGUUUUUCUCCUCUUUCCACUCAUCUGAUUUUAUGAUGACUUCAGAGUAAAAUGACAAUAUAAAACCACCCCACCGAGAAACAAACACAGCUAUGAGUUAUAGAGAAAACAAUAUAUAAAUCAAAAGACCUGUAAAAACAGAUCUUUUCUUAUAUAUACAUUCAUACAAGACUCGAGGUUGCAGUGGAAAAUCGACGUAGAGAGUGUUUGAAAGAGGGGGGAAAACAAAUGGGAACACGAUGCAUGAUAGUUAAAAAGAAAAUCAAUUAAAAGAUUAAAAGCGAAAAAAAAUGGAGGAAAUGAGCUGAAACAGAAAGGAGAAUGUAAAG